AUGCUUCCCUUCGAAGCCCCGGUCAUGUGCGAUCAGCUGUCGAACUGCGUUUGGAAGGUGCCACGUGUUGUUGCUGAUCAGAAGACGAGGUUCGAAUCGGACGAUCUACUCCGAAAAUUGCAGCAAGAAAGUGAGGCUUUCCUGGCGACAGGAAUCAAUUUACCCCUGGUGUUCAACCCGUGCACUAAGGGCUACGGUGAAGGUUGCGACUUUGAAAGGGAAAAAGGAAAGGUCCACAUCGUGUCAAGGUUCAUUAUGAAUGGCGUAUGUGUCCGAUGGAGAGGAUGGCUUGACCUUCACCAGCUGGAUGGAAUCGGAUAUCUGGAAUAUGAUGAAGAGCAAGCUCAGGUUGAGCAAGCUAUGCUCAAAGAACAAUUCCAACUGUACAACAGGCGGCUGAAAGAAUUUGAAGAAAAACAACGGGCUUACCACCGACGGCAAGAGAGGCACUUGUCACAUCAGAUCGAGCCGCAAAAUAAACGAACGGAAUUCAACCCCAAAAGUAUGAGUGCAUCGAACGUUUAAACUACCAGUGGCUCAACCAAUCAAGCUGGACGACUCUCAUUCACCUUAACCCCUAGUGUGUGUAAUGUACAAGAAAAAUGAUGAACUCUGGUCAAAAUGGAUGAAUUUGUUACUAAAACACGAACUCUCCCGGCGUUUUGUGUAAAUACUUUUUUAACAGAAUGUGCAUCAGAAAUGUAUAAUACUUUAUGUCAUAUUAAAUCCGCAGCCCUUGUUGGCUUGUGGGUUAUAUAGGUUUACAGC